CAAGCAUUCACCUGGAGACUCAAAAGUAUCCGGUUCACCUCUUGCCGAUUCCUUCAAGGUCAGGCACGAGCCUUUGCACACGACAGAACGUCGUGGCUCUGUUCGGACGUCAAACCCGUGCGCUGCAGAGUUGGUGGUGUGAUGUAAACAAAUUUUUUUUAACCAGCGCAAGCAAAAGCAACACCAACUGAGAACCAAUAUCCGGAACAUCUUGCGAAACAUUUCAUUUGCAAGCUUGUGGAGGAUUAGCGAUUUUUGGAGAAGCUAACUAUAAGGAUUUUUAAAGUAGUUAGAGCUCAAGCAAGCUACUUAUCAGAUAUAUCAAGGUAUAACUUCUAAAAAUGGCCAGAGGCGAAGGAGAACCUGGUAUUAAAAGUCAUUUUGUCGAAAGAGUUGUGAAAUUGCCUGUUGUCCAUGUCGCUUGGGGAUACGCAACGAAUACCUACAGUCAUUUGAAAGAGUCAAAUAAGCUUGUCAAUUUUACAUUGACAAAUGCGGAGAAGUCUGUAACAUUCGUCGCUGAACAAGCAAAGCCAGUCGUCCUGAAAUUCGAGAAACAAAUUCAAGUCGUUGACGAUUUGGCUUGCAAAGGACUGGGAACGCUGGAAGAAAAAGUACCUUUCAUAACAAAGCCUGCAGAAGAAAUCUUAGGUGACACAAGAAAACUAUACAAUAGUACUGUACAUUCAAGUGUAGAAAGUAUUCGAAAAUAUGGAACAGACAGAGUUAAAUCUGUAACAGAUUACGGACUUGACAAAGCUAACGCCAUUUUCGGAAACAGGCUGGUGCAGUCGAUGCUCACGACAGUAGAUGGCGCGCUGGUUGUUACUGAUAGAUUCAUUGACCACCUACUACCACCGUCUGAUGAUGAGAAAAAGAAAGAUGGCCAGGAAAAUUCAAAAGAAGUUACACCACUUGUGCGAUUGCUUCACAUUUCCAAUAAACUCAGACUGAGGGCGUAUAACACAUUAUCCGUUAAAUUGGAAUCUGCGCAGGAAAGAAGCAUAGAAAUUCUACUUGUCUACCCCCUUCAACUGAUUGAAUUCAGCAAAGAACAUGGGGAACGUGUUGUGCAGUAUCUAUCACAGAUAUGGGAAAGUUUUAAAGAAGCAGGAUCUGAUGAAACAGAUGGAGAAAAAAAAACUGCCCUGAAUGUAGCCAAGGAAAAGGCUUUGUGGGUCGUUGGAAUGCUAAGACUGGUACCUACACUCCUGCCUACGUACAUAUACGCAUUUGUAUCGUGGCUUGAAAGCAAAAAGACUGAUGAACAUGAUGAACACAGCGAAAAGCAGAACGGUGUGGCCCGAAACUGCGCCAACGCCAACUGCAACUCCCACAAGUCGGGAGGCCGUGCAGAAUAACUCUCAUAGGAGGAAUAAGAGGGAGAAGAACCACGAGGAAUCCUCUUAGGCGAGGAGGAGACACACGACAGCACACUUACUCAUAUCUAUAAAUAGACUUAUAUCGACUACAUUGCAGCUUUACUAUAUUUUUUUACAAGUGACAAGUUGUUAUGUAUCAUUUAUUUUUUGUACUGUAAAUGAAUAAAUGUGAUUAUUUUAAUUAAA